AUGGAUGACGUCAUCGGAAGUCUCCAGUAUAUGUGCCCUCGGAGGGUUUUGAGUUCCGCUCCGACUCCCCGCAUCCGCUCGCCCCCCUGCCACCGCGCUCCGCUACGUACUCCCCGCACUGCGCACCGCUACCACUCCCGCUCCGCUACCGAAACUACCCGCCCCGCGUCGCCGCUACGACUCCCCGCCCAGCGCACGCUAACGGACUCCCCGCAGCCCGCUACGGACUCCGCUACCGCGCGCCGCUACGACUUCCCCCGCUCCGCUACGACUCCCUGCGCCGCGCGCUUUGCCGACUCUCCUGCUAACCGCUACGACUCUCCGCAGCCGCCCGUCCGACUCCCGCUCGCGAGCACUACGGACUCCCCGCACCGCGCGCGUUCUACGACUGCUCCCCGCUCCGGCUCCGACUCCCGCAGCCGCGACGACUCGCCGCAACUCGCCGCAAACUCGCCCGCAACCCCGCAAUUUCCCCCUCCCCGUUGA